CCAUGCAGCUCCGCACACCAACAUCAUUCAGAGCUGCUCCUCUCAGGCCGCUGGGGGAGCACACUACACGGGACGGCGAAAAAGUCAAAAGGGGUUCAGUUGGAUACACACGCAGCGGUGUUUUGAUAAAAAAAAAACAGCUGCACAUUGAAACGAGUUUGAUAUUCACGGGAAUAAUUUCCCUUUAUAUGGGAUUUGUUUCGAAAAGUACACACGCGCGUAGUUGAAGGAUAAAACUCCAGUAUGCGGCAGUUUUGAAACAAAGGGGUCUGGAGCGCCGUUGUCUCAGUGGAUUGGGGGCCCUUUUCUGGAUGGGAAAGAUGGAAUCGGAGGGCCAGUGGUGGAAAAGCCAGCUUGCAGCGGACAUCCAUCAGGCUCUGCGAAUUAAGGAGCUGAAGUUGCCAACGUACCAGGCCCAGUCUCCACAGAUUGGGAUGCGGCGGUACUUUGCCGACCUGCUUGCUGUUCUCAGUAACCGAUACCAGCUAUGCCCUACAGCACGUCACCUGGCCGUCUACCUGCUCGACCUCUUUAUGGACCACUAUGAUGUAGCGGUGCGGCAGCUGUACGUCAUCGCCCUCUCCUGCCUCCUCCUGGCCAGUAAGUUUGAGGAGAAGGAGGACCGUGUGCCCAAACUGGAGCAGCUGAACACUCUGGGCUUCAUGUGCAGUCUGAACCUCACCCUCAACAAACGUGACCUCAUCAAGAUGGAGCUGCUGCUGCUGGAGACGUUUGGAUGGAACCUGUGCAUGCCCACACCUGCCCAUUUCAUUGACUACUACCUCCAUGCUGCUGUCCAUGAGGGGGACCUGCACAACGGCUGGCCCCUCUCCUCCCUGUCCAAGACCAAAGCCUUCAUGGACAAAUACACGCACUACUUCCUGGAGGUUUCGUUGCAAGAUCAUGCUUUCCUGAGCUUCAGGCCUUCUCAGGUGGCAGCCGCCUGCAUAGCUGCGUCCAGAAUCUGCCUGCAGAUCUCCCCCAGCUGGACCACUGUCCUCCACCUGCUCACGGGCUACUCUUGGGAUCAUCUGACGCAGUGCAUCCAGCUCAUGUUACUUGCUCACGACAACGACGUAAAAGAGGCCAACAAAUCCAAAUCUUCCCCUUCCGUCAGUCAGAGCCUCCAGCCGCAAGCUCACGUCCCCCACGGCCCCGCCACCCCCUCUCUGCAGAGGCAGCCCACCUCCAGCUCCCAGCAGCUGCUCCUCCAGGCCAGCAGCUACCCGCAGCUCUCCCAGCACUCGCCGGCAUUAUCCCAGCUGCACAUGCUGGCCGACUGCCAGGCCCUGGGACCAGUGGGCUCUCGGGAAUAUCUGCAGCCCCACCAGGCCGGUCUGCUUUCGGCCUCAAUGCCGGCCGGCUCGUUCGCAUCUUUCCCAAGCUUGGCGUCUGGGCUGCGAGGCUUGCCCCUCCAGGGUCCCAUCUCCAUGCAGGUGAGCAUGGGACCCGAGCGCCACUGCCUCGGUCUGACUUACGGGAGCGGCUACUUGAGUUCCCACCACACAUUCACAGCCGGCUGCUUCGACAGGUGACGCCAGGAGAGGGAGGACAAACUCAACCUGGGGCCGCCGCCGUCCUCCGCCCUCUCCGCCGCUCCCGAGGGGCUUCGUCUUGUUCGCAGACGAAGACGUUCCAAACAGAAAUCCAACAGUCGAGUGGAUCCCACUGAGGUCAUAGUAUUAACUUGAGAACUCUUGUUUUUUAGCUUUGGAUGCUUCCUUUUAGGCUUUUAUGAACUGAGGAUGUCUAUUUUUUAAGAUUAUUUAGCCAAGUGAGGACCUUCUUCCAGUGCCACAACAGUAUAAACUAGACUCUGGUUCUGUGUCGACCUCAACAAAAGACGAAGGAUGCUCUUAUGACUUGGGGGAUCCUUUUUAAAGCACACAGCCUUAAGAAGAGAAAUCGUGGAGAUCCACAUUCCAUCUCACCAGCAUUUUCAAAUGAGUCCUUGAACUUUCACACUGGAUUUACGGUCCUUUGAUGCUGCUGCCUUUUUAUAUGAACUGAUGGCUUUACGACCAAGAAUCCGGUCUCCCUUCUGGUCUUGUUUACAGUGACAUGCCACAUAUCAGGGAUGUACAGACCACUUUAAAACUUACACACAACAUACCAUUGAAACAGCUGAUGUUUGUAUGAAGUAGCUUCUUUUGUUCUUGUCCGUAUUUCUUGUCGAAUCAGUUUUAAACCGAUGCGGUCUUUAGAGAAGGUUGACGUUACGCUGAGGUUCCAGUUCCCUCAGGCAGAUGGAGGGAGACGCCUCAGGGGACGGAGGCAUCUGUGCUCCCCUCAUUUCCAUGCUGGAGGAAGCCAUGCUUUACUAGUUCCUCCUCCUCCCCCCCCCAGG